GGCUGCUCCUUUGACCUUCCAGCUCCGGCAGUCCGGCGCCGCCGUACGUCGCAGAGACCUUGAUGGGGCGGCCGGCGCGCUCCCGGUCUCCGGCUACUGUGCCCCCUCCGGCGGAUAACGAACUUCGCUCCACCAGGAUCUCAUUCCGCUCCCGUAAGAUCGUCAAGACACCACCGGCAAAACCCCUCGCAACGGCCGCCGUGGCACCACCGGCACCGGCGCCGGCGCCGGCGCCUCUACCUCCAGUGCUGCCGGCGCUUUCCUCUCCGGGAGAGAUCGCGUCCGCGCUACGCCACCUCCAAGCUGCGGACCCCCUCCUCUCCGCGGUCAUCGCCUCCACUGAGGCCCCCACCUUCGCCGCUUCCCCCUCCCUCCCCGCAUUCCACUCCCUCGCACGCUCCAUCCUCUACCAGCAGCUCGCGACCUCCGCCGCCGACGCCAUCUAUGCUCGCUUCCUCGCACUCCUCCCGUCUGCAUCCGCUGCCGCGUCCGCCGCAGCCUCCGACGCGGUAACCCCUGCCGCGGUCCUUGCCCUCGCCACCGCCGACCUACGCACCAUCGGCGUCUCCGGCCGCAAGGCCUCCUACCUCCACGACCUCGCGACCAGAUUCGCAGCCGGGGAGCUCUAUGAUUCCGCCGUCGCCGCCAUGGACGAAUCUGCGCUCCUCGCCGAGCUCACCAAGGUGAAAGGCGUUGGCGAGUGGACAGUCCACAUGUUCAUGAUCUUCUCGCUGCACCGCCCCGACGUGCUGCCGUGCGGCGACCUUGGCGUGCGUAAGGGCGUGCAGGAGCUGUACAAGUUGAAGGCGCUGCCCAAGCCAGAGGAGUUGGCGGCAAUGUGCGAGCGGUGGAGGCCAUACCGGUCGGUCGGCGCGUGGUACAUGUGGCGCCUCAUGGAGAGCAAAAGCGCUGCGGCCAAGAAGAAGAAGGGUAAUGCGAGCUCUUAGCUAGGUAUGUAAUGUCAAUAUGUCAUGUAUGUGAUGAUCUUAUGUAUUUGCUGUCCUGGGCUGUUAGAUUUAGAUGAUUCUGGGGUAGACGGUGUCCCAGAUUUGUGAAUUGUUGUGACUCUGUCUGCCCUUGCAGAGCUGCAACUGGAGUCGAUUGCUAACAUGCUUGCAAUUGUAUUAGAUAUUGAAAAUCGAUGCUUCUAUGCUUGUAAGCUUGUACCGAUGAGCAUAAUAAUUUGAGGGUUUCUAUCC